AUGGAUGAGGUAACAGCAAAAAGGAAGAGGAGCGCUGCCAAGGGGAGAUUUCAUAGAAUCUGCCGCAGAUUUAAUGAAUCGUUACACGAAGCGCCUCCCAUUCCUGUGUUACGGGAAAUUGUAAAGGACUUGGAGAUGUCAUACAAUGAGCUUGAUGCACGCACGACAGACUUCUUAGAGCUACUUGACGAUGAAAUUGAUUCGGACAGAAUAAAGGAGCUCCAGAGUGAUAUGGAUUCAAUAUACAAGGAGCUUUGUGAUAUCAAGUCAAUGCUGUCUAGAAAAACGGAAGAAAAACAAGUUGAAACUAAAAAACUUGUCACCCAGACUAUGAAAGUUAAGAAACUUGAUACUCCUGAAUUCUCUGGAAAGAUACGUGACUAUCCUAGUUUUAAAAGAGACUAUGAAAGACAUAUGGUUCCGUCGUAUGGGGAAGAUCCGUUUGCACUGAAGAAAUGUUUGAGUGGUGUAGCCUUGUCUUGUGUCAAGGGUGUGGAUGAUGACUUUAGAGAGAUGUUCCGUCGUUUAGAUAUCAAAUAUGGCAGACCCGAAAAGUUAUCUGACGCAGUACUUUGUGAAUUGAAAACUUUGAAACCAGUCAAGGAAGGGGACCAUAGAGGAUUAGUGUCGCUGAUAGAGGUAGUGGAAAACUGCUGGCUAGACUUGAAGAAGACAGGCCUAGAAGGAGAAAUGGGGACUUCGACCAUGAUAAGUCAGAUUGAACGUCUUCUCCCUGGUGUUCAGAAAAGAGAAUGGGCCUUAAAAAAACAGCGUUCUAGUGUGAAUUCACCCGGAAGUACAUUUAAGACAUUCCUCAACUUCUUAUUGGAGGAAAAGCAGGCUAUUGAAUACAUAAAUGAUGACAUGAGAGAGACAGAAAACAGAUAUCAGCAGGGCAAAGUUCAUUCUUCUUCUGCAGAUGAGAUCCAGUCUGGUGACACGCAACCUACCAUGCAAGAUCAACUUGAUCGCCAAGGACAAAUGCUAGAACAAGUUGUGCAGGGAUUGGCUCAAGUGGCCCAGGUAUUGGCAGAUAGUAAAGGUCGGGAUCAUCAAAGAAAAGCAAACAUUCAAAAAGCCUGUUGGUUUCAUGGAACUGACAAUCACACAAUCGAGAAGUGCACUGGAUUUGGUCAGUUGCAACCUAAGGAAAAGUUGGAUUGUACCCGUAGAAAUGGAGGAUGUUUCGGUUGUUUGAGACAAGGUCACAUCUCUAGUCGGUGUCUUAACCAUAAUACCUGUGGAGUCGAAGGAUGUACUCAGAGCCAUCAUCCUCUCCUUCAUCAGUCAUUUACUCCUGUCAGCGGCAUGUCGUGUCACAAUGCUGCUAACUCUGUGAAUAAAGGCAAUGCUAGUAAAGGAAACACAUUAUUAAUGGUUAGCCCUGCAACAUCCAACAAUGCGCUAAUGACCGUGCUAUGGGAUCCAGGAGCGAACAUGUCUCUAAUUACGCAUGCCUCUGCUCGCCGAUUGGGAUUGAGUGGAAAGAAAAUAACACUAUCUAUUACCAAAGUCGGCAAUGUAACGGAUGUAAUACCCAGUAAGGAAUACACUGUGCCACUCGUCGAUACCAAAGGUCGUGUUUGGACAAUCCAGGCAUACGGAAUGGACGAAGUGACUGCUGACGUUGGGGACGUUGAUGUAUCAAAUGUAGUGCCGUUGUUUCAUGAUAUAAACAUUGAUGAUGUCAAGAGACCUACCGGUAAAGUCGAUCUCCUCAUAGGAACUGACUGCUGUUCCCUGCUACCAGAAAAGAUCCAGGAAGUAGGAGGCCUUCAGUUGAUGAGAAACCAGUUUGGGUACUGUCUCAGAGGGAAGCAUGAUCUCCUUUCUUCAGCUGGGAAAAUUUGCAACCUUGUAUACAUUCACUUCGCAUCUGGAUGUGGGGCAUAUCAGAACAGAGAUGAACUUUUGUUGAAAAACGAUCAAUGUGUCUCGAAGGAUCUCGUACAAUUCUUUGACAUAGAAAGUCUAGGAACUCAAUGUACACCUAAAUGUGGAGGAUGCAAGUGUGGGAAAUGUCCGCCGGGAGGGAAGGAUUAUACUAUCCAGGAAGAAAGGGAGAUGAACCUGAUCCAGAAGGGAUUGAACUACGAUUCUGAAGAAAAACGGUGGACAGCCUCAUAUCCAUGGAUAAGGGAUCCAGGUGUACUACCCAACAAUUUCGUCGCAGCGAAGGCAAGAAUGGUGUCUACAGAACGAAGGCUGCUUAGGAUUGGAGCAGACUAUGCCAAGUUAUAUCACGACCAGAUAAGAGAUAUGGUAAAGAGGAAAGUUGCUCGUAAACUGUCAGAGAGGGAAAUCGAUGAAUACGAUGGUCCAGUACAUUACUUGCCACAUCACGAGGUGUUGAAACCUGAUUCAAGGUCGACUCCUCUCCGAAUAGUCUUCAACUCAUCAGCCUCAUUUAUGGGCCACUCUCUCAACGACUACUGGGCCAAGGGUCCCAACAUAGUUAACGAUCUUAUGUCUGUGCUCAUAAGGUUCCGUGAAGGACAGGUUGGCAUGGCCGGAGACAUAUCGAAAAUGUAUAAUUCUGUGAAAAUGAGUGAAUCUGAUCAACAUACUCACAGGUUCUUGUGGCGGGACAUGGAUCAAGGGAAAGAGCCUGACCACUACGUUAUGGAAGCCGUGACGUUUGGAGAUCGACCAAGUGGGGCUAUUGCAUCUAUGGCACUACUGAAAACGGCAGAACUGGCUAAGGAAUUGUAUCCGGAAGUCACACAAAUCAUUAAGGAAAACAGCUACGUGGAUGACAUUUUGUGUUCGACGGACAGUACCUCAGCAGCCAAAAACUUGUCUGAAGACAUUGAUGUUGUAUUGGAAAAGGGAGGAUUUAAGGUGAAGCACUGGACAUUAUCUGGAAUGUCCACAGCGCUAGGCAACAAUGUGAAUACUCAGGAGAAGGUUCUUGGGAUGAUAUGGGAUCCGAAGAUGGAUACCUUUAAAUACAAAGCUAGACUCAACUUUUCUCCAAAGGUCAAAAAAAUCCACCAAGAGCAAAAUCUUUCUGAAGGAGAUAUUCCAAAUCAAAUUCCGCAGCGUUUGACUCACCGAAUGGUUUUAAGCCAAGUAUCAAGCAUAUUCGAUCCUCUAGGACUGAUAACACCAUUCAUAUUAUGCGCCAAACUCCUCAUGAGAGCGUUAUGCAAAAGAGAUACGGUCGGGGAGACAGGAGGACGUCAGACUUGGGAUUCCGCUAUGGACGAGGACAUGCGGAAGGAGUGGAUCAAAUUCUUUUCCGACUUAUUUGUGGUUGAAACACUCGAAUUCCCUCGAUGUAUCAAACCAGAUUGUGUCAAGGGUAACCCUAUCCUGAUUGUUUUUUCGGAUGGCAGCAAGGAAGCAUUUGGCGCAUGUGCAUAUAUCAGAUGGGAGACCAGAAACGAGAUAGUGAGUACAAACCUCAUUGCAGCAAAAAAUAGGAUCGCACCUACUCGGCAAUUGUCGAUACCUCGUCUAGAACUGUGUGGUGCUGUGAUAGGGGUUCGCUUGAGGGAGAAACUUUUGAAUGGAUCGAAACUCCGAUUUGAGCGCGUGUUUCACAUUGUAGAUUCUAUGAUUGUACAAGCUCAAAUACAAAAGGAGAGCUAUGGAUUCGGCACUUUCACCGCUACCAGGGUAGCGGAGAUACAAUCCAAGUCCAGUCCAGACGAAUGGUGGUGGGUAUCUGGAAAUGACAACCCUGCUGACCUCACCACCAGGGUCACGGCUCCUAAGAAUCUGGAUAUGGAAUCUGUUUGGCAGACAGGCCCAGCAUUUUUGAAAAUGCCUCUUGAAGAAUGGCCUAUUAGUCGUACAUUUAACCUGGAGGGAGAACCUUUACCGGACAUAAUCGGACAUGUGGCGGUUGGAGACAUUUCGAUUGUCGGUGAUGCAUGUCGAUCUGAACAAACCUCGUUAGAGGACGUGAACCUGGAAUGUUUCAAAGAAACGCGUACGUUAUUUCGCGUUACCGCCUUGUUGAUGCGAAUUGUCAAAAGGGGGACAUUGCGACAAAAUGCUAAGAUUAUCUCAAGUUGUGAGAUUAAUGAAGCUGAACGGAUGUGGAUCAAAUAUACGCAAAACGAUAUGCGUCCAGACUGGAAAAUGGCCUAUCAACGUCUCGGCGUUAUCCGCAAUCCUGAUGGUUUCAUCGUCGUUGGGUCAAGGUUGUCUGAGUGGAUGAAGGCUUCCUGGAAUCAAACCGAAUUCAUCCUCCUUCCUCCAAAGGCCAAGUUUACAGAGCUGGUCAUGAAAUCAUGCCACAACGAAGAUCAUACUGGGGUAGAGGCCACACUUGCUAAACUGAGAAGCAAAUAUUGGGUACCAGGAGCGAGGAAAUUCCUUAAAAUGAUCAAGAGGCAAUGUGUGACCUGCAGGAGAAAGGAGAAGAUCUGUCAUACUCAAGCCAUGAGGUCCCUGCCAUUGGAUAGACUGAGACCAUCACCGGCAUUCUCCUUCACUGCGGUCGACCUGUUCGGACCGUUCACAAUUAGGGAUACUGUAAAAAUGAGAACUCAUGGCAAGGCAUACGGUGUGAUUUUCACUUGCCUUGCAUCCAGAGGAGUGUAUUUGGAUCUCGCGGAUAGUUACAGCACGGAUGGCUUCAUGAUGGUACUUCGUAGAUUUGUGUCUUUGCGUGGUUAUCCCAAGAAGCUCAGAUCCGAUUGUGGAACUCAACUUGUUGCUGCUAGCAAAGUACUUUCAGAGAUCGACCUUAACUGGCAGCAGAUUGAAUUGUUCGGCGUGAACCACGGACUGGAAUGGGAGUUCAACAAAUCCGCCGACUCGCCCUGGGAGAAUGGAUGCUGUGAAUCUCUUAUCAAGUCGGUGAAAAAAUGCCUCGCCUCCGCGAUUGGCGACAGUGUCAUGUCCUUCACCGAGCUUCAAACAGUUUUGUUUGAAGCAGCCAACUCUCUCAAUGAGCGCCCUAUUGGAAAGAAGAACAGCGAUCCUAAUGAAGGCUCAUACCUCUGCCCUAAUGAUCUGCUUCUUGGUCGUGCUUCCAUCAGAGUUCCACCAGGAACUUGGUCGACGAAGGAAAGCUUCAAAGUUCGGUGGAAAUUCGUCCAGCAAGUGGUGGAUGUUUUUUGGAAAAGGUGGAUCAGAGACUUCUUUCCUACGCUCAUUAUACGCCAGAAAUGGCACACAUCCAAGAGGAACUUACUCGUAGGUGACAUUGUUCUCGUGCAAGACAGCAAUGCUGUCAGAGGUCAGUGGAAACUUGCACAGGUGUGCGAGGCAACUCCCGGGAAAGACGGGAAAGUCAGGGAUGUCGAACUUCGGUACAAAUCCCAAGAUCCUGGAAAGGGGUACUGUGGUACUACGGACAGCAUCAUUCGCCGUUCUGUGCAUAGACUGGUACUUAUCCUUCCGGUUGAAGAACAAUCAUAA